AUGGUCAUCUGCUUAUCUGAGGUUAUCUUCAUGGAGGGCUUCAUGAGAAAGAUUUACAACUUCAUCAACGGCCUGGAAGUUCUCCACAUUGUCGGCACUUACGAGAAAGCCUCUGAAGAAGAAGAGGAGAUAUACGAGGUGAUCAACAUCCAUAAACUCAAGUCGGCCACACCCAACCUGAAAGUCGUCAACCUGUACGGCAUAAACUUCGUCGACGACUCGCACGUCGAAGCCUUCAGCUCCAAUUGCAUACAGAGCAUUGACAAGCUGCCGGACAAGGUGCUGAUGAAGAUCUUCUCGUACGUGCCUCACAAGGAGGUGUGUCGCAACGCCCGCGUCUGCAAGAAGUGGAGGACCUUGUCCAUGGACCCUAGGCUCUGGGACGCGGUAUCCUUGAGGCCUGAAGUUUCAGGCCUUCAUGUGCAUAACAUGGAGCUUCUUCUAUCUCUUAUCAAUAACCGUUUCGCGGCUGCGCUGCGGUACAUCGAGCUCCCCAUGGAGCUGAUAACUCACCCCGUGCUGCACGAACUGGCUAACCGCUGCCCCAACCUGACCAUGAUGCUGCUCGACUUCUCCACCGCCAUGCAGCUGCACGACUUCAACGAUAUGCAGGCUUUUCCCACUAAACUGCGAACGAUGGUCAUCUGCUUAUCAGAGGUCAUCUUCAUGGAGGGCUUCAUGAGAAAAAUUUACAACUUCAUUAACGGCCUGGAAGUUCUCCACAUUGUCGGCACAUACGAGAAAGCCUCUGAAGAAGAAGAGGAAAUAUACGAAGUGAUCAACAUCCACAAACUAAAGUCGGCCACACCCAACCUGAAAGUCGUCAACCUGUACGGCAUAAACUUCGUCGACGACUCGCACGUCGAAGCCUUCAGCUCCAACUGCAUCCAGCUCGAGUGCCUGGCUGUGAAUUUCUGCGCCAAAGUCACGGGUUCUUCGCUAAAAAUUCUACUCGGCCGCUGCAAGAAGCUCAAGUGUCUGCUCAUGAACCAGUGCAGCCUCCAGGAUUCGCUGGUGAUGGAGGCAGAGUGGGAGAAGUCCUCCAUCCAGGAGCUGGACAUCACCGCCAACGACCUGUCGCAAGAAUGUCUUAUUGACCUCCUCUGCCGUAUCCCUGCGCUGCGUUGGCUCAGCGCCGGCCAGAUCGACGGAUUCACUGACCAAGUGCUGAAGAAUUGGAUGGAGAGAGGAAACUUAAAGAGCUUAAUUGCCGUUGACUUCGAGAUGUGCGACAACCUCUCGGAAGAAGGACUCUACAAGUUCCUAGCGAGGGUUGGUCCUAGUCUCCGAGGCUGUGUCCUCGCCGGCAUCCCUCAGGUCACCGACACUCUGCUCUCCAACAUCAUGCCUGCUCUCAAGAACAUCAGGAUCUUGAAGAUGGGCAUGUUGCUGGACUGCGCGAACAGAAUGCAGUGCAAGAUCAGCGUCGACCAACUGACCGACGUUCUCGCUCGCUACGGCCCCAACCUGGAGCGCCUCGAGAUGAGCUGGGGACCAGAUAUCGUCAGGUUCUCAGACAAGAGCCAGAAGGCGAUCGACACUCUCAGAGUGCGAUGUCUCAAACUCAAGUGUCUCGUGCUCAGUGAUGGCAAAUACUACGAGGUGGUGAAAGCGAACUUCGAGCGAGCCGACAGACUAACGGUGGUGCGCACCUCCACGAACUGCACCAUAUCCAACGUGUACCUCCUCAACAACUACAAAGACCUCGUCUUUAAUUAAACAAACUCCUUAUAUAAUUCCUUAGAAGAUUAUGGCGAAAUUAGACAUAAAGUAGAUGCUGGUUUCCAAAGUAUGACACUUUUUCAGUUUAAGUUUCAGCUAUUCAUACGACGUCUAUUUUUCCGUGAAUAAUGAAUUGAAGAAUAGUGAAUUGUGUUCGGUUUGCAAACCCAUUUAAUGCGAGAAAGUUAUCUUGAAAGCCUCAAAAAUUUAGAGAAAAUAUCAAAAGAUAGCGUAUCCUUUAAACAAGGUAUGAUAUGAACUACAUUUCCUUUACUAUCAUACACCGAAAAAUUGUUCACGGUCAUAUUGGUAAUUUGGGGACCUGAUACUGCCUAGUGAAUUUAAUCUAUUUCUAGAAGCGCGAAAUCAAUAGCCAAAGUGAAAAUUGAGUCUGAUAACAACAAUAUACAUUUGAUUAUUUAACUUUUUUGAGAGUUUAAGCAACGAGUUGCGUAAGCAGACAAUGGAAAAUCGUGAAUACCUGACGCCUAAUCCUGAGUUCGGUUUUUUCGUGUCUUCAUGCAGAGUAACGAUUAUAUUGCCUUUCGUUUUGGGCGAAACGGUAACGAGAUGCCAUUUGUAAGAGGUGAGCUUAUAUAGGAGCGAUGUUUUAGCGCGAUGCUUUGUAGGUGCGCUAUCAUGUAGAUGUGAUGUGUCAGUGUGAUGCCACGUAGAAGCGAAAUGCGUACUAAAGGUUGCGAACAUAUCCCAAGUAUGGUAAUUUUAUAUCCAAAUAUUUACAAGUAUACAAGGACGUAUUAACAAGAGAGAACUAUGUUUUUCUACACAUUUUUCAUAAGGGUUGUUCAAAUAUAUUUUUCGCGACUAAAUAAAUAUUAACUAACGUCUACAGACAAUUCAAAUAUCCUUCAUGAACCCAAAUGAAGUGUAACUGGUAACUCUUGCAUCAUAUUCAAUAAAAUCAACACAAUGAUGCGAAAAAUAACGAGCAGCAAAAACUUUUGUAGCACUAUACUGAAAAAGUAUCAGUUUUACCAGUAAGAAACUGAAUAAACUUGAACCAAAAAAGUUUAAUCCUUCCAACAACUUCUAACUAUAACCGAGGACUAUGAAUUCAAUUAAAUCUUAUACUUUCGCAUGCGUCUCGGUAACUUCCAGCAAGUAGGUACUCACAGAAUUCUUCGGUCUUGAAUGGAAUUAGGUUGUUAUCCUGUAGCAGGUAUUCGUCUUGAUGGAGAUAUCCGUUCUUUUGUGAUACAAAGCACAAGUGAACACUAUAAUAUCCAGUGUUAACUUCGAGGUUUAUUAUUAUAUUUUUACUUUUCGAUGCCUGAAUUUUCUAGUAUCAAAAUUACUGAGUAUUUGAUAACGUAUUGACUUCGGUUUCUGGUGCGACAAUAUAUGAAAUAAUUUUUAGUUUUUUAGCUGUUCGAAUUAGAUGUUUGAACUUCAAUUUAAAUACAUGUAUAAAUUUGAAGUGGAUUCGCUGAUUGAAUUGAAAGUUAUAUGACAAUAUAAAUAGGAAAACAAAGAAGUAUACUGAUUUCCCCAGAAGCAGAUAAAAUAAAUGAUGAUUCUUCAAAAAAUUUCACCUAAAUGUCUUCAAGUUUUCCUUCAGUAAAGAAAUCUCGAUUGAGAUCAAUGUAUAUGUUUAUUGUGUGACACAUUUUAUUUCUUCAUUUUCCCGGUUUCAAUUUACUCAUGAGGUUCGUGAUUGCUCGAUUGAACCUUGGAGUCCUCGUUGAUCCUGUUAAUUAUUGGUUACAUGUUUUAUGAGAGAAAAAUCAAAUUUCACGCAGAAAUAUGGAAAUAGACGAUAUUUAUUGAAAA